AUGGUAAUAAAUGAAAGCAUUAAUGAUAUCUACUUUGAUGCAUCACUCAACUGUUUAAUCACCGAUGUCACCAUCGAUUAUUUAUUUGAAGUUCGACAAAGUACUCUUAUUGAUGAACACUUUCUUCGUAUGCUUUGCACUAUUGGUUCUUGGGCAAUGUGGAACAGAUUAAAAAGAUCUCAUUCAACCAGCGUCAAAUGGAAAAAUCAACCGACAUUUUUUCAAUUGAAUAAUGAAACUGAUCGUCUUCUACGAGGAAUUCUCACCUAUAUAAAUCGUCAUUUUCGGGAGAAUCCAAUGAGUAAUGUUCAGGUUGCGGUUUUUACCUGGGCUCAAAGUAUCAUGGAUGUCAUUCCAUUUGUGCCAUUCUUUGUCAAAACCGGCUAUCCAGAAGCAACUCUAGAAUGGUUAUCCAUUGAACCAAAUGAGACGAUGAUCAGCCUUAGAUCAUGGCGUGAAAGUCUUGAUUUUGUUCACAAUCUUGCUCGUCACGAAUCGGGCGUAAAAGCAUUGAAUCAAUUGGGAGCUAUUUCGAUUCUCAAAGCAUGGAAAGGACGGUACCUUUCCGAAUCAACAUUAUCGAAUGACGAAAAUUAUGAAGAUUUACGCGUAGUCUAUUAUAUGAGCUAUGCCUUAUUACUUGAACCGGCAUUACUGAAACGAGAGAACUCAAUGGACCUUCAAGUCGCUCUCGAUCAUAUUCUUGAUCGAGCAGUUCAAGCAUUUCAGUCGACUUCUCUCCAUUAUGGUCCAUAUCAUGUAUCUGAAUUUUGGACAGCACUAGCGAGAUUUACCCAAACUGCUAAGAUGAAUUCAAAUGAUGGAUAUGUCGGGAGUAUAAGACAAUCUGCCAAUGGAAUUCUGUUUAAUCUUGAUUUAAUUCAACAAUCUCACCUACCUAGUAAACCAGACAUCGAUGAUCAUAUUGAUGGUGUGAAAGUCAUGAUAUCGUAUUCACAUAAAGAUAGUGCAUUUUGUCGACGACUAGUCAACACUCUGAAAGAUCAAGUACAAGGAGAUUUGUGGGUGGAUUUCAUCAAACUAGAGCCACCGUACGAAGACGAUUGGGAAGAAAUUGCCGAAGCGAUUAGCAAUUGUGACGUAGUAGCGAUGAUUGUUACCGCAGAUUAUUGCAGCUCGAAAAGUUGUCGUCGAGAGGUGAUUCAUUCUGAUAAACGCAAUAAACCAAUGAUACCUAUUUAUCAGGGUUCAGAGUACGAACCAGAUGAUUGGUUUGAAAUUCGAGCUGGUUCAGCAACUUGGGUACGUUUCGGUUCUAUGAAUAGCGAUGAAGAAGUAAUGCAAACUCUUGUGAAACUAAUUAAUUCUCACAAAAAAACAAAAAAUCGUUCUGAUGUAGCUAUAGUCUCUCAAAAGCCAUAUCUUGAAAAUAAUCACACGGUUCCACCGAUUAUGAUUUUGACUCAAACUAGUGACAUCCUCUCGUCGCCAUUGCCAGAUCCUGUUCCACUACUCCCUCUUCCCACCUCAAAUCUCACGACUUCGUCACUAGUAACAACUCCUAGAAAACCAAUUGAACAAUGGACUAGUGAAGAAGUUCAUCAAUGGCUCUGUCUACCUCCGUCAAUCCUGCAGUUUUCAAGUGGUCGUGCUUUACUUGCUUACGCGCGAUUAAUACCAGACGAAGAUGCAGAACGCGAUGAACAAUUUCGUUUACGUUCAUUUGUUCAUAACUGGAAUCUUGAUGAACUUGCAUUGUUUUUAAAACGUAUUCCUAAUGUUCAGGAGCUCAUGAUUCAGAUUAAAACUGACUAUGACACUCGUCUGAUCGAUGGUCAACAAAUAUUUUUUCAUAUAUCAUCCUUAUCUCUGACAAAGUUUAGUUAUUUUCUUGAAUUUGACUAUUCACAUUCUUUUGAUGAUACAAAUAUUCUUUCUAGUUGGCAACAAUUUAAUCAAGAAUUUAUUUGUAUUAAAAGUGAUGAUAAUAAUACUCUAGUUCUAAUUACAUUACCUUUCGAGUGUUCUUAUUUAUUUCUUCGAUGUUCAAUAGCUAAAAACAAAAUCUUUAGCGAUAUUUAUGGUUCUCAAGUUAGAUAUUUAACUUUAUGUGACGUUUCAACACAAUUAGCUGAAACAUUCUCCAUCACGAACAAGUGUCAUCGGAUACACACUUUCGUUCUAAGAGUUGAUGAAACGAUUGUCCCAAAAUCUGUUCAACAAAUUCAACUUUGUGAAUUGCCUUAUCUUAAAUGUUUUGUGGCACUGGAAAAACCUUCAGUCAAUGCAGAUGAUUUUAGAAAACUAUUUGAAGUAUCACCUAAUUUAUAUCAUUUAGCAGUCAAUUACGAAUUUAUUGAACCGAUGUUUGACAAUAAAUCUGUGUGUUAUUUUCUAGAACAUCGUAUUACUCAUUUACUGAUCAGUGUAACUUCGAUUAUAAGUCUUGAGCCGGUUACUGUUUCAAUAUCUCGCCUUGCAUCUGUGUUUCCAUCAUUGAAACAUUUAUAUUUUUACAUAGAAAUAUAUAAUCAAUCUGUGGAAUCAUUAAUUUUAUCUAUUUUUAAUCAUUUAAGUAAAUGGAAUUUUCUAGUAUCAUUUGGUGUAGCAAAUAUAACAAUGGAUUCCAAAAUACUGGCAAAAGGUAUUCGUGAAUGGGUACUUGAAAAUUCAUUUUUGAAUGAUAACGACUCAUUUCUUACUGAUUACAGUGCAGAGACAUUUCGUGUUUGGCUUUAA